AAUUGUAAACGUAUUCCCAUGCUCGAGUAAAUGGUUAACGUUGUGUGGAUUACGAUAUAACAUUUUCUGCCAACGCAAGCGUUAAAGAAAGAUAUCUAGAAUUCAGUACUGGGCGCUGUCCAAAAUUGAUGCUGCCGCGUCGCGUCGAAUCUAUGAUGCUCUGUUCGUGGUGCUGAAAUCCUUUGCGCUCUUGUUCUCUCUCCUUUUCUCUCUGUCCCUCCCUCCUUCCAUCUCUCCUCUCUCCCUCCCUUGGUCCUCUCCCACAUUCACAAAACCCUCUGUCAUGGCGUCUUCCAACAAUGUUACCCCCACCAACUGUAGCUGGUGGCCAAUCUCAGCCAUGGAUGAAGACGGUGAAAUAACAGAUAUGGAGAAAAGCGAAGAGCCAGCUAUAGAGUCGAAACCUAGUUUCUCUAAAGACAAGCUUGUUUUGUAUCACUGGACGCAGUCUUUCACCUCUCAAAAGGUGCGUCUGGUGAUCAAUGAGAAGGGUCUGCUGUGUGAAGAGAGAGACGUAAGUCUCCCUAUAGCCGAGCACAAGGAGCCCUGGUUCAUGAGGCUCAACCUGGGGGAGGAGGUGGCCGUCUUCAUCCACGGAGACACCAUCGUCUCAGACUACAACCAGAUUAUAGAGUACCUAGAGGCUCAUUUUGGGGGAGAAACGGUGGCCCAGCUAAUUCCCGAUGCUGACUCUCCACUCCACGAGCGUGUGCAGCAGUACCGUGAGCUGCUGGACGGCCUGCCCAUGGAUGCUUACACACACGGCUGUAUCCUGCACCCAGAGCUCACCACCGACUCCAUGAUCCCAAAGUAUGCCACCGCUGAAAUACGUAGACACUUGACCAACGCUGCGUCUGAGCUGAUGAAGCUGGACCAUGAGGAGCCCACUCUGACAGAGCCAUACCUCUCCAAGCAGAAAAAACUCAUGGCAAAAAUAUUGGACCAUGACAAUGUCAGCUACCUGAAGAAGAUCCUUGGCGAGUUGGCGAUGGUACUAGAUCAGGUGGAGGCCGAGCUAGAAAAGAGGAAAAUCGAGUACAAAGGUCAAAAGUGUGAGUUGUGGCUAUGUGGACCGGAAUUUACACUAGCUGAUGUCUGCCUGGGAGCCUUGUUGCACAGGCUUAAGUUCUUGGGACUCUCAAAGAAAUACUGGGAGGACGGCAGCCGACCCAACCUCCAGUCCUUUUUCGAGCGGGUGCAAAAACGCUACGCUUUCCGCAAGGUUUUGGGCGACAUCCACACAACCCUCCUGUCAGCAGUUCUACCUAACGCAUUCCGAAUGGUAAAAAAGAAGCCGCCAUCUUUUUUCGGGGCCUCUUUCCUCAUGGGCUCUCUGGGAGGGAUGGGAUACUUCGCCUAUUGGUUUUUAAAAAAGAAAUAUGUUUAGUGAACGCCCCCACCUCCUUGUGUUAAAUGUCUGUGUAUUUGUGUGAUGUUUCAACUUUUCUGUAAUGUUUUACGACAGCAGGAAAAUAUGAAUCUAUAUAGAGAACACUAUUACUUACCUGGGUGAACAAAGAAUAUACAAACAUUCCAUACACAAAGGAAUUCUUAACAGCAAUUUGUUCUGGUAUUCAAUGCCUUCAUCUAUUUAAUUUCUGGUCUAUCGAUCAACAUGUUACUUUCUCAUUAGCUCAUUUUGGAGACAUACUUUAGGUUCAGUUAUAUUGAAUUAUGGUCAUAUUCCCAACAUAUGAGAGAGCCAGACAUAAUGUUUUGACAUUUGCAUCAUCAUAUCCAAAGUGGGGCUCAUCCACAAUCUGCGUGUACUAAAGAUUUAUUAAAGGGAUAUUUCUGGACUUUGACAAUGAGGUCCUUUAUCUACUUCCCAAGAGUCAGAUGAACUUGUGGAUAACAUUUUUAUGUCAACGUAUCCAGUAUAAAGGAAGCUUGAGGUAGUUUUGCGAGCCAAUGCUAACUAGCGUUAGCACAAUGACUGGAAGCUAACAGACACAAUUAGACUUCCAGUCAUUGCGUUAACGCUAGCAAGCAAUUGCACUCACGCGAGUUAGCAACUUCAUUCAAACUGCACGCAGCGACAUAAAAAUGGUAUCCACGAGUUCAUCUGACUCUGGGGAAGAUGAUAAAGGGCCUUAUUGGUAACAUCCAGAAAUAUCCCCUUUAAUACAAUUUUCCAUCAUUGUUUUGGCAUUCACCUAUUGCCCUUCACUCCUCUGUUGGCCUGGGGUUUCCGUUAUUAAAACCCAGUCAAUUGACAUGAUGAACACUGAUACUGAACUUCGGAUACUUCCUGUGCUGCCAAAAACUGCCAGAUGAGACGUUAGGAUAGCAAGACAUCCAGUCAGUCCCAAUUAGCUCCCUAUCCCUUGGCCAUAACUGUUGUUUGCAGAUCUGUAAGCUCCACGACGACACUGCUUAUACCUACCCAGACCCUUCAGAUAUGCAAACAUUGGGCCAGAGGGAAUGGUUCGGGAAUGAUUUGGGAUCGGCUGUACCAACCAAAUACAGACACUACCUUUAGAGCACCACGAAAACAUAUGCGCUCCAGCCAUUCAUUCAUUAAUAAAAGGUGAUUCUCAUUUCUCACACCACAGCUUUGAACUGAUCAUAAACUGAUCCUUGAAAGUCAGAGGUAUGAUGGAGAAAUACUAAAAGGGUAAAUUGAGCCCUCUGCAAUAUUGAGUGGGGAAUCAGUCAGUGGCCUUUAACAGGGCCCCUAUAGAGUGCUUAUGAAAUUCUACAUUGUUCAGUUAAAUACUCACAUGGAUAGCUGACAUUUUUUUGAUUCCAGUUCAGCUAACUAACCUUUUUGUUUAUUUUGUUAUAUGACUGGUAUAACUAGGCAUUUAACUUAAACUUCUAAAACCUAAACCUCUUAUAAAACCCCCCUCUGGAGUCUCACUGAA